CAAUCAGACUUUAAAUCGGUUUUCUAAACAGCACAUUGUGAAUACAAACUACAUCAAAAUGUCCUUGUCGGAUGGUUCGUGGAUCGAUUGGUUUGUUGGCCAACAGGCUAAUGAGUUUCUGUGCCGCGUGCCCGACGAAUACGCCCGUGACAGAUUCAAUUUGACGGGUCUGGAGACAUUGGUGCCAGAUUAUUAUGAUACACUCGAUGCAAUACUGGAUUCGGAGUUCGAUACUGAAUAUGGCUUCGAGGUCAAUAACUCGUUCAUCGAUCCUGAGAAUGUCGAACAGCUUUAUGGGAUGAUCCAUGCACGCUAUAUUCUGAGCCAACGGGGCAUUGCGGACAUGUGCGUUAAAUAUAAACGCGGAGAUUUUGGGGUCUGUCCGCGGAUCCAUUGCGAUGGUCAGUUGGUGCUGCCUGUGGGUCUGACUGAUCGCGUUGGCGAGUCCCAUGUCAAGGUUUAUUGUGCUCGCUGCCAGGACAUUUAUCAACCGAAUGCUCAAUGCGCCCUCGAUGGCGCCAUGUUUGGACGCAGUUUUCCGCACAUGUUCUUCAUGCAGCAGCCCAAACUGUUGCCAGAGCCACCAAUCGAGAAGUACUCUCCACGCAUUUAUGGCUUUAAGGUGCACAAGGCGGCGUUGCUGGCACCAUCAGCUGAACCAGCGACAACCAGUAAGGAGAGCUGCAACAAAACAGCGCCCAAUCGUUCACCCAGUUCACAUUAUCAUUUCUCAAUUGAUUAGUUUAACGUAACAAACAUUUACACGUAAUCUGGCAAUGGCAACGUCAAUGUCAACAGAACAGAAGAAGGAUAUUAGAGUUCAAUAAGGUUAACACAUUGCCAUAUUCAGGAAUUUUGUUGGGACAUCUGACUUUUGCAUACACAGUAAAUUUCAUUUGAGACAAUAAAGCAAGCUUUAUGCAGAACGGUUGAAAAUUAA